AUGGCUACCCCUACGCCGUCCCCAACCUUGAUCUCCUCCCUUCUAGACCUCCUGGUCUUUAUCUCCUCGAUCCCUCCGUCUGGCACGCUCUAUCUGGACCUUGAGGGCAAAAGCCUCAGCCGCAACGGAACCCUCUCCCUCAUAACCGUACUCAUCCACCCCACACGAGUAAUAAGUCUGAUCGACGUCCAGACUCUCGGAAACUCCGCUUUCACUACAUCCAGUGCCAACGGAAAAACUCUCAAGACCAUCCUUGAAGAUCCCCACAUACCUAAAUGUCUCUGGGAUGUACGCAAUGACGCCGACGCCCUCUGCGCCCACUACCAGGUCCGUCUCAAGGGCGUCACAGACAUACAGCUCCUCGAGAAUGCCUCCCGCGCCGGUGGCAAGACCUAUGUCCGCGGGCUUGACGCAUGCGUCGAGAAGGAUCUGGGACUAAAGGUCAUGGAGGUCCAUCGCUGGAUCAAAACCAAGAGGGAGGUGAAGGCUCUCAUUCCCAACGACAUCUUCACCCGCCGCCCGUUAGACGCCAAGACAAUACAGUACUGCGUCAAUGACGUUGUACACUUACCUGCACUACAUAAUAUCUACGCCAAGCGCAUCGAUAGCCGAUGGAUGAAGAAAGUCAUGGAUGAGAGCGCGCGCCGCAUAGUCGACGCCUGCGGGCCUUUGUACGAGCCUCAGUCUGAGACGAAGAAGUUGGGGCCUUGGGGCUCGGGGUUAGACAAAAAACUGUUGACGAUGGACGAAUGGAUUGACAAGUGGGGGGAAGACAGGACAGAUGCAAUGCAACAGGAUAUCUUCGAAUAUGGCAACUAUGACGACUUGGACGACUAUCCAAUAAACUCCAAAGACGCCGCGUGGGACGACACAUUUGAUAGUUGCUGGGAGAAGUAA